AUGUGCUACUUGUGCAGCGUUAUUGUAGUAGGACUGGGGUCGACGACGAGUGACCGGGACCUGUCGCAGUCGCCGGUGUCCAAGACGCCCAACGAGCGGAAGCGGAAGCGACGGGACGCGACGCCGAGUGCGGACCGGAAGGGCAAGAAGAUCAACGAGUACUUCUCCAAGGUGCCCAAGUCCGGGGUGUUGCGAGUUAACCAACACCAGCACCUGCAUCACCACCACCAUCAUCACCACCUUCAACUAUUGCAGCAGCAGCAAGAACAACAACAACAACAACAGCAACAACAACAGUAUCAACAUCAUCAUCACCUGCUUCAUGGCCAGGACGACAACCUCGGGAAGCCGCUGGAUGGUGGCGGCGGUGCUGCUGCUGCUGGAUUAGUCGUGGUUGCCGCCUCGGAGCGGCGGCUGUCCCCGCCCAACAGUGGCGGCGGAGACGGUGGUGGCGGUGGUGGGGUUGUUCCGCCCAGGGGUUCGAGUCCGACGAAGCCGCCAGCGACGACGACGACAGGAGCGCCACCAAGUGGACAACCAAUGCAGCUGUUUCCCGCGAGCCCAGUGACUGUGAAUUCGUCGCUGAGUGGGGAUGGCCAAGCGUUUCACUGCACCUACAACCGACAGCCGACCCCGAAUUCCGACUCGAGUGGCGGGGACAGGAUGGAAACGGGCCACUACUUCCUGGCCCAGCGGAUGAUCCCGGUGACCCGAGCCGAUGGGCAUCACGGGCAUCCUCAUCAUCAUCCUCAUCAUCUUCAUCACCAACAACAGCAGCAGCAACACGUGUCGUCCUCCAACGUCCAGACGGAUUUGACGAUGAAAAUCAUGGGUGACAUGGAGUCGCAGAGAGAGUCGAAUAUGGAGGAGCGGCAGCUGUUGAUUGACGAUUUGAAAAGGGGUCGAGAAGAGGCCGAGCGGAAGUUGACAGUGUCCACCAAGGCCAACGAUCAGUACAAGGAGCAGGUGGCCAAGUGCACCGAGUUCGUCAAGAAGCUGUUGGUGGAGAAGUCCACGAUUGAGAAGAAGGAGAUGCGGCAAAAGUGCAUGCAGAACCGCCUGCGCCUCGGGCAGUUUGUGACCCAGCGCGUGGGCGCCACUUACCAGGAGAACUGGCAGGACGGCUACGCCUUUCAGGAACUCUCCAAGCGACAGGAGAGCAUGCAACAGUUGCGGGAAAGCAUCGACCGUUUGCGGAAAACCUUGUCCAAGAAGAAGGAAGGCGCCGCGACGGCGAGGAAGAAAACGGCGGCUGCUCAAGCUGCUGCUGCGGCGGCCCAGGCGGCGGCUGUAGUUGCUGCUGCUGCUGGCACUUGGGCGAAUAGCGGUGGCCCAGGUGGUGGUGGUGGUGGAAGCAGCAGCGGCGGCGGUGGUGGUGCCGUGGUGAUGGUGUCGGCGGCGACUGGGAUGAACGCUUGUGGCGGCGGCGGAGCAGGAGGAGGAGGCGGCGGUGGUGGUGGCGGCAGUGGGAGCAAUUCCAAUGACUCGUUUUCGUUUCUCAAGCCGGACUCGCCGUUGAAGAAGGAACAUCCCUGUUUGUCGCAGCAGCAGCAUUACGAACAGGAUGAAAUACUCAAGCUGAGGGCAAACAGCUACAAAAAAGAGGACGCCGCGUUGCAGUCGGAAGUGGAGAAGCUGGAGCAGGAGCGAAACCUGCAUAUCAGGGAGCUGAAGAGGAUCAUGAACGAGGACCAGUCGAGGUUCAAGGACCAUCCAGUGCUUUGCGAGCGGUACUUGUUGCUCAUGCUGUUGGGCAAAGGCGGGUUCUCUGAAGUCCACAAGGCGUUUGACUUGAAAGAGCAGCGAUACGUGGCUUGCAAGAUACACGAGCUCAACAAGGACUGGAAGGACGAGAAGAAGGCCAACUACAUCAAACACGCGCUGAGAGAAUACAAGAUACACAAGAGUUUGGAGCACCCGAGGAUCGUGCGGUUGUACGACGUGUUCGAAAUUGAUGCGAACUCGUUUUGCACAGUGCUGGAGUACUGCGACGGCCACGACCUGGACUUCUACCUCAAGCAGCACAAGACGAUGGGCGAGCGGGAAGCCAGGUCGAUCAUCAUGCAAAUCGGCUCCGCUCUCAAGUAUCUCAACGAAAUCAAGCCGCCUGUGAUCCACUACGAUUUGAAGCCUGGGAAUAUUCUGAUGACGGAGGAAGUGUGCGGGGAAAUCAAGAUCACGGACUUCGGCCUGAGCAAGAUCAUGGACGAGGAGAACUACAACCCCGACCACGGAAUGGACCUGACCUCGCAAGGAGCCGGCACCUAUUGGUAUCUUCCUCCCGAGUGUUUCGUCGUGGGCAAGACGCCGCCCAAGAUUUCCUCCAAGGUGGACGUGUGGAGCGUCGGUGUGAUAUUUUACCAGUGCCUGUACGGAAGGAAGCCAUUUGGACAUAACCAGAGUCAAGCAACGAUUUUGGAGCAGAACACGAUCUUGAAAGCGACGGAUGUCCAGUUCCCUUCAAAGCCUACUGUUUCGCAAGAAGCUAAGGAUUUCAUCAGAAGCUGUCUGCAGUACAAAAAGGAGGACAGGAUCGACGCCAUUGGGCUGGCGAACCACGACUACCUGAAGCCGCCGGCAGCGCGGAAAGCUGGCCAAAAGACGUCCCAGUCUGCCGCGCAGUCGUCGUCGAGCCAGACGGCGUCCUCGUCGGCGGCGUCCGUCGGCCCCACUUCCUUCGCCUUUGUCAACUUCCAGAACAACGCCGGAUGA